CUUGGAUCCGGCUGAAUCCAGCCAGUCAAAACUCAAUAGCUUCGUGGGGGAGAUUUACCUCUGCGCGCAAAAGAUAUUUCUCUCUCUCUCUCUCUCUCUCUCUCUCUUCCUUGGACUUUCUACAGCUCAGGAAGCAGUCAAAAGACUGAAAUACUUCUAAAGGGUUGAUUUGCCUCUUCUCAUAGCAACUUGCAUUUGAGUCUUUUGGGCCUUUCUCUCUCUUCUCUCUCUGACUUUCUCUCUGGAGGAUGGACGCUCUGAGGAAGCAAGCGAGCAAAUUCAGGGAGCAGGUGGCAAAGCAGCAACAGGCUGUAAUUAAACAAUUUACUUCGAGUGGCUAUGAAAGCUCUGAUGUAAUGGUUACGGAUGAGGCGGAAUUGCAGAGACAUCAACAGCUGGAGAAGUUGUAUAGCUCCACUCGAACUGGCAAGAAUUUUCAGAGAGACGUACUCAGAGCUGCUGAAGGAUUCAUGGCCAAUGGACUUAAGCAGAUUGAAAUAGGAAUGAAGUUAGCGGAAGACUGUCGGAAAUAUGGAGUUGAAUGCAACGAUAAUGGGAUGUUAUUGAAGGCUGCAUCUCUGUAUGCCUCAGCGCGGGCACAUGUGGAGAAAGAGCAAGAGGAAUUCAAUAGAACUCUUUCUUCCCAGGUGUUGGAGCCCCUUAGAUCAAUGGUAACUGGUGCUCCUUUAGAAGAUGCUCGUCAUCUUGCUCAACGCUAUAGUAGAAUGAGACAUGAAGCUGAACAACAGGCCGCUGAGGUUUCGAGACGCCAAGCUAAAUCCCGAGAAGCUCCCAUUAUUGAGAACAGUGCCAAGCUGCAAGUUGCUGAAUCAAAAAUGCAUGAAAUAAGAGCAAAUAUGGUAGUUCUGGGGAAAGAAGCAACUGCUGCAUUGGCAGCUAUUGAAUCACAACAACAGAGAAUGACACUUCAACGAUUAAUAGCUAUGGUUGAGGCAGAACGUUUAUAUCAUCGGCGAGUGGCUGAAAUUCUUGAUGACGUUGAAGCACAGAUGCUAGCAGAGAAACAAAGGAAAGAAUCUGCACCUCCAGUAGUCUCCCCUGAGAGCAGUUCAGAGAAGGCCUUAUAUUUCCUUGCUGAAGCUAUUCAUGCAUUCACUGCUGGAUCUGAGAAGGAGCUUAGCUUGUCUGUUGGUGAUUAUGUUGUUGUUCGGCAGGUAACACCAGUGGGAUGGUCAGAAGGGGAAUGUGGAGGCAAAGCUGGUUGGUUUCCGUCAGCUUUCGUGGAAAGGCGCCAAGGGAUUCCUUCGAACAAAGUGAUUGCUGAAGUGUUUUAGCAUCUUGAUCAAUGCUGAACAUAAUGCUUCUGAAUGCACUACUGAAACUUUUCAGUAGUCAAGAAUGCCAAACCUUGUUAUUUAAAUGUAACAUCAAAAUUAUAACCGUCAGAAGCCCUCUUUCCUUGAGAGAUCGGAGAUUUGCUGAGGUUGAUUUUACAGAUGACCAUAUUCAUCAUAUAUUUAUAUUUUAGGAUUGGACUUGGUUGAGGAGAA